GCCUGGCUGCAGCGGCCCCCUCGGUCCAGCCACGUGCAGGGCGCUUCUCGGUGGGCCUGACAGGCAGCCCUCCGCGCUCCAGAGACCACCACCUCCCUGCUGCCUUCGGGGGUGAACCUGGGACGCCCCGAGCCCCCCACCAUGACCGUGUCUUGUGGCCUAACGCCACGCUGGCUGUGCUGCCCGAGGGUGUUGGGCACCGAGCCAGAGAUGCAGCGGGUAACCUGGGGGGUUACCGCCUGCCACAACUCAGCACAGCCUCCCGGACCCAGACCCGGGCCUGGGGUGGGAGAGCCACCUGCUGACGCAGUGUGCGAGCUCAGUCCUCAGUGCAGGGGUGUGGUGGGUACUGGGGGUGGGGAACCCCUCCGAACAAGCCUCCCUGCUCCCACCAUUCGGGGACCCAGGCCUCGGGCUGCAUCUCUGAGGGACUGUCCUGGGCCUGGAACCCCGCAUAACCCUUGGAUGCGGCCCCUGCAUCUGGGGUGCCCCUUUGGGCUCACUCUGACCAGGCAAGGCUUUUAUUACCCUGCCUCCCAGGUCGGAAGGUCAGACGCAGGGCCUCAGGCCCCUGGGAAGGGUUUGGAAGGGCGGACUCCAGUGGCUUUGUCCUGUUGCUGCAUUAGAUCUCCCUGCCAGCCCUGCCAAGGAGGGGCUUCCACUCCCGCCCGCCCCGGAGGGAAGGCCUCUCCUCCCAGGGGCUUGUGCAGCUCCCGGGAAACUCGCCGUUUCCGGGGUGCUUUUUAGGUGACCUUGGCCUCUCGGGACUGUGUGGCAUGGGGCCACAGCGACUGAAAUUCAAGUCAGCCCAAGUAAACACACUCCAUUCCUCGGUCCCACCAGCCCCAUUUCCAGUGUUUGCUGCCUGUGUGACGGGUGGCUGGACCGGCCAGCACAGUUUCCUAGCUGCUGAGCCUUCCGGGACCUCAGUUCUUUGGUACCUGCCUUGCCCAGUCGUGGAAGAGCCUGGACCAGGAGCCAUGCUGGGGGGCGCUCUAGAAAUGCAGAGCCCUGCCCUGCAUCAGUCUCCCCAACCCCCAUCAGCUGUGGGUCACCGAAGGCCUCCCUCCUCUCUAGCAGAUAGGGUUUCAAUUUGACCCCAAGACCAGAUGGCAGGUUGUGACCCUAAGAAGGAUCACGGAGAAGGUUGUGAGAUUUUUUCCUGAGAAGGGAACGUACUGCCUACUUGUUGCAGGGCUGAACAGAGAGUCCCUGUGCCUCUGUCUCGCUGGAGGUGGUGAGUGUAGAUAAGAGGCUGGCCUGGACCUGCCUGGGGGAGAUCCAGGCCCUGGGACAGCUGGGGCAGGUUGGGGAGGCAGAGGGGUAGGCCAGCCCAGCCCCCUCCUCUGACCCAGGCUGGGAAGGUAUGAGAGGCAGCUUUGAUCCCUGGGCCCUUCUAUCCCCAGCCCAGUGCCUAGAGGGAGGAGGGGCUCCAAUUACAGAGUCCCCUUCCCUCCCCUCCCCCGCCAGAGCCAGCCCUUCUCGGGUCCUUCUCUGGCCCUUCUCCGCCCUUCGGUGACCCUCGUGGCCAGUGUCUUCUGUGCUCCUGGGCCUUGGCCCCUCCCCAGCCCUCCUCCCCUCCCCACCCCCUGCCCUGCGCUGACCACGGAGGGGCCAGGCAGGGGAGGGGCCGGCGCCACAUGCACAGACUCAGAGCUGGGAGAGGCCCGGAACCUACCCAGCCCCUCGCACUGGGGCCGAAGCAUCUGCUGUGGGCUCGGACCUUGGGGGCCAGGGGAGAGCCUCGGGGAUCGGUUGGGGGCCCGAGGGCAGGAGCAGCAACUGCAGGCCUGGAAAGGUAGAUGCCUUCAGCAGGGAGGCUAGGCAGGGCCUGAGGAGGGACUGGUGGUCACAUCCCCCGCCCCCUGGCCCGGCGGUCCCCAUGCUGGCCCCGAGGCCACUCCCGCUGCUCCUCGUGGUUGGGCUGACCUUGGGGGCCGGCCUGCCACCAGGACCCAGAAGCCAUCCAGGCGUGUGCCCCAACCAGCUCAGCCCCAACCUGUGGGUGGAUGCCCAGAGCACCUGUGAGCGUGAGUGCGUCGGGGACCAGGACUGCGAGGCCGCCGAGAAGUGCUGUACCAACGUGUGUGGGCUGCAGAGCUGUGUGGCAGCGCGCUUCCCUGAGGGCGGCCCAGCCGUGCCCACGCUGCUGGCCUCAUGUGAGGGCUUCACGUGCCCUCAGCAGGGCUCCGACUGCGACAUAUGGGACGGGCAGCCCGUGUGCCGCUGCCGGGACCGCUGUGAGAAGGAGCCCAGCUUCACCUGUGCCUCGGACGGCCUCACCUACUACAACCGCUGCUACAUGGACGCGGAGGCCUGCCUGCGCGGCCUCCGCCUGCACGUCGUGCCCUGCAAGCACGUCCUCAGCUGGCCGCCCAGCAGCCCCGGGCCCCCGGAGACCACGGCCCGCCCUACGCCCGGGGACGCCCCGAUGCCGCCUGCCCUCUACAGCAGCCCCGCCCCGCAGGCCGUGUACGUGGGGGGCACAGCCAGCCUCCACUGCGACGUCAGCGGCCGCCCGCCCCCAGCCGUGACCUGGGAGAAGCAGAGUGACCAGCGGGAGACCCUAAUCAUGCGGCCAGACCAGAUGUAUGGCAACGUGGUGGUCACCAGCAUCGGGCAGCUGGUGCUUUACAACGCCCGACCCGAGGACGCGGGCCUCUACACGUGCACCGCACGCAACGCCGCCGGCCUGCUGCGGGCCGACUUCCCACUCUCUGUGGUCCAGCGGGAGUCGGCAGGGGACAGGGCGUCCACUCCCCCCGACCCGGCCGAGUGCCUGCCUGACCUGCAGGCCUGCACCAGCACGCCCUCCGGCCUGGUCCUCUGGCACUUUGACCCGCAGCGGGGAGGCUGCAUGACCUUCCCCGUUUGCAGCUGCGAGGGGGGCAGCCGGGGCUUUGAGACCUAUGAGGCGUGCCAGCAGGCCUGCGCCCGGGGCCCCGGCGACGCCUGUGUGCUGCCGGCCGUGCAGGGCCGCUGCCAGGGCUGGGAGCCGCGCUGGGCCUACAGCCCGCUGCUGCAGCAGUGCCACCCCUUCGUAUAUGGGGGCUGCGAGGGCAACGGCAACAACUUUGAGAGCCGUGCAAGCUGCGAGGACGCCUGCCCCGUGCCGCGCACGCCGCCCUGUCGGGCCUGCCGCCUCAGGAGCAAGUUGGCGCUGAGCCUGUGCCGCAGCGACUUUGCCAUCGUGGGGCGGCUCACCGAGGUGCUGGAGGAGCCCGAGGUGGGGGGGGGCGGCAUCGCCCGCGUAGCCCUGGACGAGGUGCUCAAGGACGACAAGAUGGGUCUCAGGUUCUUGGGCACCAAGUACCUGGAGGUGACCCUGAGUGGCAUGGACUGGACCUGCCCCUGCCCCAACGUGACGGCUGGUGACGGCCCGCUAGUCAUCAUGGGUGAGGUGCACGACGGCGUGGCCGUGCUGGAUGCCGGCAGCUACGUCCGUGCCGCAAGUGAGAAGCGUGUCAAAAAGAUCUCCGAGCUGCUGGAGAAGAAGGCCUGUGAGCUGCUGAACCGCUUCCAGGACUAACCCCACCCUGCCUUCCUGUCCCUCUGAAUAAAGGCCAGCCUUUCCCCAGACCUCAAGGCCU